CUUCAUGCAGUUUAUGUAAGUUAUUUUGUCUUUUCGGUUGUGCAUAGUUUUAUGAAAGAUGCUCUCGUAUUUAGGUCUAGUGAGUUUGCUGGUCACAGUGAUUAAUGCUGAUCCAGUGACAUUCCUCAAAUGCAAAGGAGACGAUGACAAAUGUGCGAAAGAGUCAACGAAAGCAGCUAUACCCAUUUACACUGCGGGCAUCCCAGAGUUCGGGGUCGAGACUUUGGAUCCAGUAUUCUUCAAAAAUAUAGAUUCGUCGUCUCCAACUCUCAAAUUGUUGUUGGACAACGUAACAGUUAAAGGGCUAAGGAAUUGCAUAGCGAAGAAGGCUCAACGGGAUGCAAAAAACUCAAAACUGUUCCUGAGAAUACAGUGUGAUGCCACUUUAGAUGGACACUACGUCAUGUCUGGACGAUUACUCGUACUGCCCAUCGAAGGCAAUGGAAAAGUUCACGUGGAUCUUAAAAAAGCUGUAAUUGACGUCAACAUGGACAUCAGUGAUAAACAAGGGAAAGACGGGAAAAAUCACUGGACUGUCAAGAGCUGGUCGCACACUUAUGACCUCAAAGACAGGUCUACUGUCAGAUUUGAGAACCUUUUCAAUGGAAACAGGGUAUUAGGUCAAGCGGCAGAAGGAGUGAUAGCGCAAAGCGGGAACGAAAUCAUCAGGGAGGUCGGUUCUCCUGUCAUCAAGACUGUCGUGGCCAGGGUGGUGGACACCAUCCAUCAUUUCUUCGAAGCAGUUCCGACUGAAGACUUGACUCUUGAUUAAAGUGUCUCUUAUUUAA